UUUAGUUAAAAAUUUUUAAAUAUUAUCCAUACAUAAUGGUUUUGUGUGUAAAAGUAACUGAUGCUAAAAUAAGAAAACCUUUCCUUGGAGGAUGGAAAAAUAUAUUCACAGGUACAAUUUAUCAUAAUGCAGAGUCUCAAACAGGGCCAUUAAUAGUAAACAAUGUUGAAAAUGUCUGUAGCCGAGAGACGCAGUAUAUCAAUAUUAAGGAUAAUUCUUGUCAGCCAAGCAUCAAUAGAGCUACACAAAUGUGGAGGAAAGAUUGUUAUAUUUCAAGUGAGAAUGAUAAAUAUAUGACACCUAAGCCGUAUGAAACCCAUGAAAUGAGAGAAAAAAGAUUGAAUGAAAAGGCAAAGAUUAUUCAGAAAUGUUAUCGAUCUUGGAGAAUAAUAAAAACUAUGUCUCAAUGUGCAACAGCUUAUAAAAAAAUGUCGGACGAUUGUAAAAAGUUUGAAGAAGAGCGAGCUGAAUUGUUGAAGAAAAGGAACGAACGUUCCAUUAUUCGACAAACUUUUCCUCAAACUUGGGCUGAUUUGGAUAAAAUAUAUGCCUUGAUUGAAUUCCAACGGCAAUCUCGUCUGAAUGAAGUGCGAAAAAGAUUUUUUCCCGCAGCUGUGAUAGCAGAAAAUUAUCGAAUACUAGAAAACAAUAUAGAUACAUUGGAGAAGCACCAACAAUUUAUUAUUAAAAAGAACAAAAGUAAACAACUUGAAAAAUUUUUAAUCUCUAACUGUAAGCCAGUGCGGUGGGUUGGAUAUAAAAGAAAAUUUAUUGAAAUGAUCACACUACGAGUCCAGAAAGCUCGUGAAGUUAAGAGCCUUUAUGACAAUCUCAACAGAAACGAUUGUACCAGUGAGGAAAGACUAGAAUUGUUAAUUAUCCUUAAGAGAUCUCUAAACUUACACAAUUGCUAUUUUGCUAUGGAUCUUAUAAACUUGAUAGAUCAAGAAAUAAUGCUUUCGACUUUUAUAGUUACAGGAACGUCAUUAAAUUAUUUACGUCAGCGAAUAUCAAAUGCUUUUUUAUAUUUUGUUCGUUAUUGUCAUGAUUGUUGUUUUAAUAAUGAUCAAAUAAUAGAAUUAAAAGAACCAAUUGAAUCAGAUAAAUUACUAUGCAGAAGUUGUAUGAAAUUAUUACCUCGAAAGCACUUUGCUGCUCAUGUGAAGAUGAAAAAGUUGUCUACGUGUCUUUACUGCUUUAGACUAAGUCAACGCAAUGUAAAAAAGAUUGACUAUGAACCUUAUACAUAUUUACUCAAUGAAAUCCGAGCUGAAGAAUUGGAAAGAAAGUGCUUUUCUACCCUUCUGUAUGUUAUUCAAGAGCCCGAAAUCUAUCACUUGGUUAACAAUAUCUGGCAUGGACGGUCAAUAGUGAGUCAGGUCGAUGACAUUUCUCGCUUGAGGCUUGUCAGGUUUCACGUUGGUACGCCAUGGGCACCAUGGAAUUGUAUAUUGCUUACUGAAGAAGAGAGUAAAGCACAUUUCUUCAACAACGAUCUUGAAGCUAUGUACUCUAAAGUAUUACUUCAAAAAAUUAAAUUGAUUCAUCUUGUUGCAAAAAGCUAUUUUAGCGCAUUGAGUGUCAAACUUCAAUCAGUUUUCCGACUAAAUUUGCGAGCUGCUUAUCUUGCCCGUUGUUUCGCUUGUAGCAAUUACUCUUGCACCAGUGAGACCCCAAGAUUGCAUUACUCAGAGAUGAUUUUCAUCGCAACAUUAUAUAAUAAUUACGAUGAACACUUGUUAUUAAGAACAUGGAAGAAUGUCGAAACAGGUAUCGAGUACUAUGAUGCUUCAACUCAAGCAUAUACAAAGCAUCGUGAAAGUCGUGGCAGAAGUGUGCUCACUAAAAAUCAAACUACACAAACAUCAAAUGAUUCUCUGGUAGUUAAUAAAUAUACUACAACAUUUUGUGAAAAAGUAACACAGACUUCAAAUUUACCAGACUUGAAAGAUAAGUUAGUAACACCUUCAUCAGCGACAAGAAACUGGUUAUCAAGUCAAAUUCUGCGAGGUAAAGCUCAGGAGUUGUUUUCCACUCGAAAAUAUUCAAGAUUAGAAGAGGAGAGUGCAAGGAAAAUACAAAAAUUCUUCAGAGCCUGUCGUACGCGAACAGAAAUAUCAUCUUUAGCACGUUUUGCUGUGUUAACUCGAACGCAGCCACCCAUUACAGAGAAGUUAAUAAGAUUGAAUGAAGACAAACGUUUUAAGAUAGUAGAAAGCCAGGCUCCUAAAAGUCGUUCUGAUUUUGAAAUGCUGAAGAAUAUGUUGGAUCGUUGGAGAAUCUUAGAAAGUGAACAAAUGGAUUGUAUGCUUUUUGGAACUUCCAAGAAGGCCGCACAAUCUAUGAUCCUCUUGAAAGAGAUUGAAUUACUGCGUUCUAUUGAGCUGGCUAAAUCUCGGGUCAAACAAGAAAGAAUAGAAAAAGAGAAGCUGAAUAUUUUGGAUAAACUAGCCAUGUCUGAGUACUGGAGGACUCGAGACGGAAAAGUGAUGGAGGUGGAGACGCAGAGAGUUGCAAGAGCUCGUGAGUGCAGAUCCUUGUACUAUGCACUGACGCAGGAAAAUGUAGGGAGAAUUGACACGCUGAAAAGUAUCAAGGAAUACAUUCAAAACCACACUUGUAAAGCUGCUAGAGAUUUAGAGUAUGUUCUAGAUCAAGAGUUAGACUUUACCUUGAAGAACUUGAACCCUCGGAUAACCAAUCAAUUAAAGAAUCGAGUUAAAAUAGAGUUUCUUAGAUUUUCCUCUCUUUACUGUCAAGCUGCUUCUAGUAGACAUUAUUCUGAAAUUGAAAAUUAUAAAGCGUAUUGCAAAAGAUGUAGCAGAUUAUUACCUCUGACUUACUUCUCUGAAGAGGAUAAGCACGGCUUGCGGACUUGCAACUACUGUUCAUCACUGAAACCAAGUCCAAAUCCUACUAUCCUUUACGAACCUUACGAGCAAAUGCUGAAAGACUUGCAUAAGUCUGAAGCCCAAUUGGGAUCAUUCAAUGGUCUAGCUUUUCACAUUGGCCCUCGUAUUCUCCAUCAUCUCGUUAACUACAUCUGGCAUGGAAAAUCUGGGAUAUCUGAGUUUGAUGACUUAUUCCAAUUACGUCUUUUACGUUUUCGUUUGGAUGUUGAGUGGUCUCCAUGGAAUUCUAUUCUUCUAACCAAGCGAGAAGCUGCAGUUCAUCAAGCAAUGACUGAUCCUUGGCAAUUGUACGAUGCAAGUCUUGUUCAGAAGUUUAUUUUAAAAAACCUACAAGCUAAAUUAUAUUUUAGUCAUCUUUUGAAAUAA